AUGCUAGACGAUAAACAAUCGUCAAUAAUCCGUCCUAAAGCUGUACCUCCAAUGUUUACACCUGUUCUUACACCAAAUACUCAAUCAUCACCAUCGACAAUGAGUAAUAAUAAUGCAAAUCGAAUGUCUCAACAAGCUCUAAUGGAAAUAGGUACAAUGAUUCGUAAACAUGAUCCCGAAGCAACACGUUUAUAUGAUUGUAUCGGUCAAGUUAAAGUCUUUUCUUAUAAUUCAGUUGAUUUACGUUGGGAAAAUUCACCUAAUAUUGAAGGUAACUUAUGUGCAUAUGAAAGACAACAAAUAAUUAAUAAUAAAAUUUGUCCUUCAUAUGCAUUUGCAAUUAUCAAUGGAGAUAAAAGUUUUAUACAACCAAUAACUUCGGAUAUGGUACAACAUGCUGACAAAUUACGUUUAUUCUUUGAAGUUGCUCGAAAUGGUCGACGUGAAGUAUUCUGUUUACAUUUUUUAACUGAAGCGGAAUGCCUUCGGUUACAUGCAUUUCUUAAUCGAUAUAUUCAAGCUUUACGAAAUCUUGCCGAACAACAACAACAACAACAACAGCAGCAGCAACAACAACAACUACAACAACAACAAGUUCGUACAAUACCAUCUUCUGCUCCUAUUGAUUCUCAAACACAAUUAAAUGGACAAAUAGCACCGAUGAUACCUAUUCAACAAACACCACCUAAUAUCUAUCGACAACAAAUGCCGCAACAACAAAUUAUAACACCCAAUCCAACAAUCCCUACAACACCUCAAUUUGGUCCUUCGCGCAUUAAUGUCAAUCAAACUCCAACUCGUUUAACUGCAUCCUCACUUCUUGCGGCUCAACAGCAGCAACAACAUCAAAUACAACAACAACAACAGCAGCAACAACAGCAAACACCACAUCAAAUAAAUUCCUAUCCUCCUCAAAUGCC